CAGAGACAACGCAGCCCAACCUCCCCGCCAAGAUGAAGUUCCUGUGCGUUGUCGUCGCCGUCCUGGCCGUGGUCGCCGCCGAGGAGCAGUCCGCCGAGAAGAAGCAGGAGAAGAGAGGCGCUGUCGGCGUGGGCUACGGCUACGCCGCCCCCGCCUACGCCUCCGCCGCGUACGCCGCCCCCGCCUACGCCUCCGCUGCGUACGCCACCCCCGCCUACGCCCCUGCCGCGUAUGCUGCCCCCGCCUACGCCGCCCCCGCUCUCAGCUACGCCGCUGCUCCCGCCAUCCACGCUCCCGUCGCCAAGCUGGCCUACUCCGCCCCGGCCGUGAGCUACGCCUCCCCCGCCGUCUCCUACGCCGCCCCCGCCGUGUCUUACGCCGCCGCCCCUGUCGCCAAGCUGGCCUAC